CUUCGGCAUUAUAAAGAGCUCCACGAGUUGGCAUUGUCAGGCGGUGGCACCGCGCGGGACGGAGUUAAGGUCUUCUUUAUCGACAGUGUACUCCGGCGGCCGAGCGGAGCGAUAGAGUCAGUGGUCGCGGACGAGCCCUCGGGGGUGCGAGCGUGACCGCGGCCAAGCCCGCGUCGCCUUCUGCGGCGAGUAGGGCCUCGCGGCGUCAUCGGCGGCGAGUAGCCGCUGCGGCCUGGCCGACCAUGUCGGACGCGGCUGAGGAGCAGCCCAUGGAGACGACGGGCGCCACCGAGAACGGACACGAGGCCGCCCCCGAAGUCGAGGCCCCGGUCGAGCCCAGCGCCGCGGCCGCGGCCCCCGCGGCCUCGGCCGGGUCUGGGGGCGGGACCACGACCGCCCCGAGCGGGAACCAGAACGGCGCCGAGGGCGACCAGAUCAACGCCAGCAAGAACGAGGAGGACGCGGGAAAAAUGUUCGUUGGUGGUCUGAGCUGGGAUACCAGCAAAAAAGAUUUAAAGGAUUAUUUUACUAAGUUUGGAGAGGUUGUUGACUGUACAAUAAAAAUGGAUCCCAACACUGGACGAUCAAGAGGGUUUGGGUUUAUUCUCUUCAAAGAUUCUUCCAGUGUGGAAAAGGUCUUAGAUCAGAAGGAGCACAGGCUGGAUGGUCGUGUCAUUGACCCUAAAAAGGCUAUGGCUAUGAAGAAGGACCCUGUGAAGAAAAUCUUUGUGGGAGGUCUAAACCCUGAAGCCACGGAGGAAAAGAUCAGAGAAUACUUCGGCCAGUUUGGGGAGAUUGAGGCCAUUGAGCUUCCAAUAGACCCCAAGUUGAACAAAAGACGGGGUUUUGUUUUUAUUACAUUUAAAGAGGAAGAUCCUGUGAAGAAAGUUCUGGAGAAGAAAUUUCAUACUGUCAGUGGAAGCAAGUGUGAAAUCAAGGUUGCCCAGCCCAAAGAGGUGUAUCAGCAACAGCAGUAUGGCUCUGGGGGCAGAGGAAAUCGCAAUCGAGGGAACCGAGGCAGUGGUGGAGGUCAGAGUCAGAGUUGGAAUCAGGGCUACGGCAACUACUGGAACCAGGGCUACGGCUACCAGCAGGGCUACGGGCCGGGCUAUGGCGGCUACGACUACUCGCCCUAUGGCUAUUACGGCUACGGCCCCGGCUACGACUACAGUCAGGGUAGUACAAAUUACGGAAAGAGCCAGCGACGUGGCGGUCAUCAGAAUAACUACAAGCCAUACUGAGAGGCAGCAGGAGCGGCCGAGUGACGACCGCACACGCUUUGUUUGGACGCGGAGUGAACACAAUUAUGUACCAAAUUUAACUUGGCAAACUUUUAUGGCCUGUCCCAUGUGCAUCUUAUUUAAAAUUUCCCCCAGAAAUCACUCUCCUGUUUACUAUUCCAGAGCUCUAGUUGUUGUAGGCAGCGUGUGGCGUCUCAGAGGCCAGAGCGGCACUAGGGGGCUGAUUUUAUUACCAGGUUACCCUGUUCUAGAUCGGGAGGGUCUGUUUCCUGCUGCCGCUCUGCAGCCUGGACCUGUGGACCCUGGUUGUAAAGAGUAAAACUGUAUCUUAGGAAACCAGUGUCACCUUUUUCACCUUUUAAUUUUAUAUUAUUUGUGUCAUACAUUUCCAGUAAUGGAAGUGUUAAUUUUACUGUACUUUUUGGUACCUUUUGGGAAUCUAAUGUAUUGUAAGGUAUUUUACACGUGUCCUGAUUUUGCCACGACCUGGAUAUUGAAGCUAUCCAAGCUUUUGAAAUAAAAAUGAAAAACAAAACCCCCAAGCCUGGGUGAAUGUGGGAUGCUCUGUGAGACCUUGCCCAGUGUUGGAGAUGCCAGGUCUCCUGUAGCAUAGCAGAGGUCCUUUAUUAGUUUUCCCAUCUGAUCUUUUCAGCUGCCCUUUUGUGCCCAUUGUCUCCAUAGCAGAGACCAUCUUGCCACGUAUUAUAUAUAGUCCACGUUCUUAGUUUCAGUCUAACAAGUACAAGUUGAAAUGUUGGGGAUCUGCUGGUGGAGGUGGGGCCAAAUCUGGCUUACCUGGGGGGUGCUUGAUCCUCAGUGUUUCACAACUUCUUACUUUUUCUUCCAUGUCUGGAAAAAUGAUCACAGAUCUGCCCUACUUGGUUCUCCAUUGUUUGCUACCCUCAGUUCCUCUCCCCUGCGCCCCCCCCCCCCAGGGUUUCUCUGUAGCCCUAGCUGUCCUCGAACUCACUCUGUAGACCAGGCUGGCCUCGAAUUCAGAAACAUUAUUGUAAUGUAUUGUAAUGCCUGCCUCUGCCUCCCAAGUGCUGGGAUUAAAGGCGUGCGCCACCAUGCCUGGCCUACCCUCAGUUUCUAAGAUGCUUGGGAUAGUUUAGAGAUUGGCUUAUGUCUCAUCAUUUCCUUAACACAGAUGGUCCCAUUUGUAAGCCCAAAAGCAGUUGUUUAUAGCAAGCCACCACUCAAUGUUGUGUACACAUAGAGCCCUCUUAAGAAAUGUAUCAAUUUUAAAAUGCAGUAGGGGUUGACUAACAAGCAGGAAUAGGAAGGGAUCCUUGGUAGCUUGUUUUUUGUUUGGAUCUGAGCUUUGUAUAACAACCACUUUGGUGUAUAGUCAUUUCUAGUUCAGUAGUUUUCUUAAAUAAAUUGAGGGAGACCUUG